AGUACUGACGUUGUUAACAAAACCAACGGUGCGCUCCGCAGUAUCAGCACAUCCAGCAUCAGCUGGGAUUGUAGAUGACAGAGUCCAGAAAGGAGAGAGGACCCAGAGGAUCAAUAAUCAUUGUUAGUAUUACUAUUACACAGUAUUCUUAACUCGUGUCUGUAGCUCGGAGACUUAUUCUAGUGUUUAAAAAAAUGGAAGAUUUGGGAAAAGUCUUCACGAAUCCACAGGUCUUCAUGUUUAACUUGUCGUUAUGAAGUGGAGCGGGACGUUCAGGCGCGUUUUUGGACUUCUCCGGUGUGUCUGUGCGUGCGAUGAAAAAACCCUACAAUGAUUUUGGCAGUCAAUUAAUUAUGGGCGCGCACAUCCUGGAGUCCAACUCCAGCGGCAACUUGACGCCUGCGGUGUCGGAAGCUGGGGCUGUCCUGCCGGGCUACCUGGUGGUGAUCUUAUCGGUACUUAUGGUGACUCUGGUUGUCGUUGUUGUGGCAGGGAACGCGCUGGUCAUCAUGGCUUUUAUUGUGGACAAAACCCUGAGAAAUCAAAGCAACUACUUCUUUUUGAACCUUGCUAUAUCCGAUUUUCUAGUGGGUGCCUUUUGCAUCCCGGUGUACAUCCCCUAUAACCUGACCGGCAGGUGGAUGCUGGGCAAAGGGCUCUGCAAAGUGUGGCUGGUCAUGGAUUACCUCCUUUGUUCAGCCUCUGUCUUCAACAUUGUCCUUAUUAGUUAUGAUCGCUUCCUGUCAGUCACAAGAGCAGUUAAAUACAGAGCUCAGAGGAACAUGACCCACCAGGCUGUUUUCAAGAUGGUGGCGGUGUGGGUGCUGGCCUUCCUCCUCUACGGCCCUGCCAUCAUCUUCUGGGAAACGAUCGUCGGCUACAGCAUUGUCCCGGCCCACGAGUGCUAUGCUGAGUUUUAUUUCACCUGGUACUUCCUGCUGAGUGCAUCUACCUUUGAGUUCUUCACCCCGUUUGUGUCGGUGGCCUUUUUCAACCUCAGCAUCUAUCUCAACAUCCAUCGCAGGAAUAAGAGUGGGGCCGCCUGUGCUGAAGACAAUGCCAAGCCUCAGAAGAACAAUGAGAAGCAUAAAGAUGGAGCAGGCUGGUCCGUGUUUUUUGUCAAGACUCGGAAGGUGAUGUCAAGCGAGCCUGUUGCGAUCUCUGCGGUCAUCGAAGAUGACGACAUCUUGUCUCCCUCCUCCAGCGGGGAGCCUAACGCCAGUCAGAUAUUAAUGCAGCGAGAGAAGUUCUCUCCACACAGAAAAAACUCCAGGUUGUUUCAGCACACGGCCUCCUGCAUGGUGCCUGGCCGUAGGACACCGGGAUCUCGGCUUUCCAGAGACAAAAAGAUUGCUAAAUCUUUAGCCAUUAUAGUCUGCAUUUUUGGGAUAUGCUGGGCUCCGUACACUCUACUGAUGAUUAUCCGUGCCGCCUGUAGCGGUAAAUGUGUGGCGAACUACUGGUACGAGAUUACCUUCUGGCUUCUGUGGCUGAACUCUGCCAUCAACCCGUUCUUGUACCCUGUGUGCCACAGCAGCUUUCGAAGGGCUUUCUCAAAGAUACUGUGCCCUAAAAGACAAUCAGUUCAACCACAGAUUGAAGUUCAGUCUUGUUAGAUGAACUCAAAUGAACUUGCAUAUUUUAUGAAUGGAGUAAAUGUUGCUGAACACUGUAAAAAAUCCAUUUGAUGUUCUUCUAUAAAAAAAAAAAAAGGCCAGUUUUCAAAAAUUAGGUAAAUGUUUGCAUUUAAAUGAGGAUUGUAAGAUACCUGACAGCAAUAUGAUGACACAACACAGCUGAAAACACAAUAUUCUUAUGGGCAGAACAAAAGACUCUUGUGGUACCAUUGGAUAAAUCUGCCCACGAUUAAACCACCUCUCAAAGCCA